GUCUCAUCGUCGCCGUGUCGCUGUUCUCUGAGAGACCACUGAAUGUAUGCUUGGCAAUAUCCCAUUAUCGUGACAAUUGUCGUUACCCCAGCGUUCGGCAUCUCCUGUGCGUCAACGAGGCGAAUGAAGUCAUCUGUACCGCCCUCGACUGCGAGAAUGCAGUCAUGCGAAAGGUCAGCUGCGAACUCGACGGAAUUGCUCUCGAGAGCGACGAAAGCCUGUAAUUUCUCCGAGAUGGGCCUGAACAUACCUCUCGUCGACGGCGAUUGCGAUCGAUACUCGUCCCAACCUAUCUAACCUCGGUGUAGUCGUGCACUGCGGCCCUCUACGCACUCGACGAAGUCAAUGGCGCCA